AACUUUGAGGUAUAAAAACCGAUGUGUGGGCUUGUGGGAGGCCAGAUAGCCCAUUUCCAAACUCUUCUCCUCUCAUCGUUCAUCGUCUCAAAUCCCUUCGCCGCCGCCUCAACUCCUUAAUCUUCUUCUUCUUCUACCGAAAAUGGCUCGCAGAAGCUCCGGAGGUCGAUCUGCCCGCCCAGCUCCUCGUCGUGCUCCAGCACCAGCCCCAGUUCGCCAGGCUCCUCCUCCAGCUCCUGUACAAAGUGGAGGUGGUGGAUCUAUGCUUGGGGGGAUUGGAUCAACCAUAGCUCAGGGAAUGGCUUUUGGAGGUGGAAGUGCUGUUGCACACAGGGCUGUGGAUGCUGUGAUGGGUCCUCGCACCAUUCAACAUGAAACGGUAGCCUCUGAGACCUCUGCUGCUCCAGCAUCCAUGGCUAGCUCUGAUUCAUGCAGUAUUCACUCUAAGGCUUUCCAAGAUUGUGUCAGCAACUUUGGAAGUGACAUCAGCAAGUGCCAGUUCUACAUGGAUAUGCUGUCCGAGUGCAGGAAGAACUCUGGCAUGUUGAGUGCCUAGUCACUGUCUUUUGGCUUUGGCUUUGUGAAUCAAUGAGACGACACCUGAUUUGAACUUUUUGGCAUUGUUAUUUAAUAAUGUGCGGUCAUGAUGGUCAUUAGUAUUAUUGCCUUUGGGAUGAUAUUGUGCUAAAACAUUAUGCACGGCAUAUUAUGGUUAUUGAAGUGGAACUUGGUGCUUGUUUCAAGCAUCCAUCUCUGGAAUGAUUUCUUUAUAAAUAAAUUAAUUGCAAGUAAUGGAUAUUACAUUUUGGU